UACACCCCCCCAUGCUCUGGUCCAGGCUGCAAACCACCCCACACCCACGUUUCUACCCUUUAUUCCCACCCUGCUCUUACCCCACCUGUGUCUUCCGUCCUGGCUUCCCUGUCCCCUUCCCCUGACUUCCGGUCCCCCACCCCCUGCCUCUCACUCGGUCUGCAGGCCCUAGUUCUCCUUAUGCCUCAUCUCCCUGCAUCUCUGUUCAGUCCCCUUCCUACCUCACCCUCUUGGGUUCCACUGCCAGGUCAGGUGCUUGCACUGGGGGGGCUGCGAGACGCCUCGGGGAGCCUUAUGCUGCCUGGUGACAGCUUUGAGGAGGCUCUGAGCAGGAAGACGGUCCGGCUGCAGGGAGUGUCUCAGCGAGAGGGCCAGACAGUGCCCCACAUGGGAGGAUCACAGACCCUGCUGGACGCCAAUGUGCUGGUGGCCCAGAGGCGAGUGAUUGCCGUGCUCCAGAGCUACGGGGAGAGGCCGGGGUCAAGGACACAGGGGCUUCUGGAGGCUGCCAUCAAGGACAUGAGACAGGCACUGGGCUUGAGUCUGCACCAUGCCCUGCAGCAGGCUCGGAGACUGGAGCGGCAGCUGGGGACAGCAGAGGCCAUCGUGGCCAGUGGCGGGAAGAUAGGAAUGAUGUGCUAUCCUGGGACGGAGCUGUGGGUCCCAGUCUUGUACGGGAUGGAGAUCCCAGACCCUGAGGGCUCAGGGCUCAUGGUGCCCAUCCUGGGCAUGGAGACUGAUGGGAAUUCGGGUGACGCCACACCCCUGUCAGGUUCAAUGGAAGAUGCUGAUGGCAAAGGUCUUGUCCCAAUCUCGAUUGGGGCUCAAGCCAUAGAUCCCUUGACCGGGGAACCUGGUCCUGUCAUUGGUGCUCAGACAGACCCCUCUGCCGGAGUGGUGGUGCCCAUCGUCCAAGUGCUGGAGGCCCUGCCUCGAGGAGUGAGAGACCCUGGUCUGCUGGACACCCUGGAGAAGGAGCUGAGAGCCCGGGAACAGUACUGGCACGGCCAAGAGCAAGAAGAGAUGCGUCUAGCAGAACGCCUGGGGCAGCUGAGCCACGAGCUGCUCUCCAUUCCGGGCCAAGAUGCUCGGCAGCGGCUGAGGAGGCCCGGGCAGCGCUGGAGUCCUGCUGCCUGCAGGAGACGGAGAGGAGAGCCAGAGCCCUGAGCACACAGAGCAGCUCAGAGUGGAGCCUGCUCUCCCAAGGUGGUUGAGCAUCUCUCUGAUGAGUUUCAGGAGGUGGUAAGGGAGAGACAGAACUUUCUGGAUGGGGCCCUCGGUCACCUGCAGUACCAGCGGGAACUGAGCCACCUACACCUCUUGCACACCCAGAUCGUUGCCUCAGGCUCCCCUGCAUGUUUGGAGAAUUACCCUGGAGACAGAUUCUAUGGAAUGAUCCCCACUUCCCUCAGGGCCCAGGCUGCUGCCUGCCCGCUCUUGAUCCCCUUCCUGAAGAGCCUCACUGCAGCGCUAGUGAGAGCUCAAGGCCAUGGCCCAGGCCAGGAGGACCAGGGGCCAGGAACAGAUGCAGAUAAAGCUGACAUCAUGUAGACCGCACCACUCUUUUCUACCCUGGAGAAAGUAGACAUCUGGUCCCAAGCCCCCAAGGAAGAAGCUGAACUACAAGGACAGGUGCAUCACCCGCUAGCCCCCAACAGCUCUUUGCAGGAUGUCCCAAAACCUCAGUUAAUGCAGAAGGAAGAGCUUAUCACUGUGCAACCCACAGACCUUUCUGCCAGGGAGUUCAUGGUUUGCCAGUAUGACCUCUCCGUCCUGAACCUCCUCAUCCCCGAGCUGCAUAUCUCCCUGAGAUCCUGCCCUCCUUUCUCAAGACCGGCUCCUGAAAUCACCCUGCAGAUUGCUUCUCGUCUUCCUGCGAUGGAUGCUUCAGACAAUGCCUUCCAAGGCUCCUUCUUCUAUCAGAGCGCUGAAAACACACUGUUUGUUGGGAGAGAGUCUUUGGCGUCUGCGGGGAGUUUCAUUCUGCUGCUGAUCCACUGCCUGGCCCACAUCGCCACUGAGGACUUCCGCCAGGAUGCAAACCCUGCCUUUCUGAGGUCAUUUUACAAGGGCCUUCGGGCUUAUUUUGGGGAAGCAUUCUCAACCACACUGCGGGUGUCUGCGAUCUCCUGGGACAGUAAGCUUGACCAGAGCAUAAGCGCUGCUCUGCGGGACGAGCAGCCCAUCUCUGAAAGAGGAAGAGAUCUUCUCUCUUUACUCCUUGAAAGGAAGUGUGAGUCUUGCUUGGAGCCUGAGUCAUCA